AUGAGACCCUCGACCUUCAACGUGUCCACGGCACCGUCACAGCCGCUGCAACCCUCCUAUUAUGCGGACCGGUCCUGGGUCCCCAUCGUCGUGGUCACGUCUACUCUCACCAUUGCCACAACCUGCGUGUUCCUGCGCACCUAUACCCGCGCCGCCAUAAUCCGACGGUUUGGCCCAGAUGACUGGGCUGCUGUUGCUGCCAUUAUCCUCGCCCUUGGCAGCGGGAUCAUGGUAGCUUUAAAUACCCUCUAUGGUCAAGGUCGGCAUAUUGCGGUAGUUGACCCAUCUCUAGUCUGGAGAUACUUUCAAACAUUUUACGUAUCCAUCGUACUCUACAACGCCUCGUUAACCGCAACGAAGCUCACAUUCCUACUCCAAUACCACCGCAUCUUCGGGCCCGGCACAGUGCGGACGAGCAUCGCCAUCGUCGUCGCCAUCGUCAUCAUUGCCAUGUGGUCGAUAUCCCAGCUCAUGGUCGUCAUCUUCACCUGCACGCCCGUCCCAAAGUUCUGGCACCCCGAGAUCCCGGGCACAUGCAUUCCGAGCCUGCCCUUCUGGUACUUCAACGCCGCAGGGAACAUCAUCACCGACAUCAUCAUUUUCGUCCUCCCGCUACCGGCGCUGUGCCGGCUGAACCUCCGCCGCGGUCAAAAGCUCGGCCUACUAGGCGUCUUCUCCCUCGGAUUCUUUACAUGCGCCAUCUCAGUAAUCCGCAUCCAAUACCUCCACCUCAGCGACGACGUGACGUGGGACAACGUGGGCGCCUCGUGCUGGUCGAUCGGCGAGGUGUGCUCGGGCAUCACCUGCGUGUGCCUGCCGACGCUGCGGCCCUUUUUCGCCCGCUGCUUCCCCGUCCUGCGCACCGAGCGCGGAACCGGCGCCGGCGACGGCUUUGGUGACGGCUUUGGUGACGGGUAUGGUGAUGGUGAUGGUGAUGGUGAUGGUGAUGGGGAUGGUUAUGGGGAUCACGGCCGCGGCAGGAAGAAAUACCACUACUACUACCGCCACUCGUCGGGGCGUGGUGGGGGGGAUAGCAGGCCGAGUGAUGGGGAUGCGAGUACGAGGGGGAUGGUGAUGGGGUUGGAGGAUCUCGAGUUGCAGACCAGUGAUGGUCGUGACGAUGGCAAGGGCGUAAAUGCGAGGUUGGGUGAUGUUGAGGAGGCUGGGGGUCGGGAACGGUCGUGGGGGAGGGCGUCGGAGGGAGUUGGGUUGGGGAUUGAGCCGCUGGGGCGGAGUGAUGGUGGUUUUGGCUUGUCUAGACCUAGGCCGGCGUGGCCUUUGACGGAUAGGGGGUUCCAAGAUUAA